AUGGCCUCCGGUCAGCAGGAGAGGUCGCAGCUGGACCGCAAGGCCCGCGAGGGCGAGACCGUCGUCCCCGGCGGUACCGGCGGCACCAACCUCCAGGCGCAGGAGAACCUCGCCGAAGGGCGCAGCCGCGGCGGGCAGACGCGCAAGGAGCAGAUGGGGGAGGAGGGGUACCGCGAGAUGGGGCGCAAGGGCGGGCUGAGCACCAACGACGAGUCCGGCGGCGAGCGCGCCGCCAGGGAGGGCAUCGACAUCGACGAGUCCAAGUUCAAGACCAAGUCCUAG